UCUUCGUCUCAUUGUCCAAUAUUAACAUUAAUAAAUUUUUAUCUUUUUCAGGACUGUCAUGGCUCAGCAAAACACCCAAAUUCCGCGCCCAUUCAAGAUGAUACCCAAAAUUAUAAUGUGAUCGAUGGUGGACAAAAUGGAACACACACUUGGGUGGAAUUUUCACGUAAACUCGAAACAUGCGAUCCAUACGAUUUGCCUCUUGGGGUUGACACCAUCAAAGUGCUGUGGGCAUUUGGCGAAACGGACCCGAUAUAUGGUGACCUGAAGGGACAUGGCAAAAAUCGCGGCUUCAAAUCCCUUAACUUAUUUGGUCCUAUGUUUCGGAAAGAGAGCAACAUUGACACCCACAAAUGGGAUGUUACAGUGCAAAAUGUUACCAUUGAGUCCAACAUGGAUACCUUGUACUGGUGUAAGAUAAUACGUGCGCCAACAUUGAGUGAAAAGCAUCACAUAAUUGGUUACGAGGCGCUUUUGUCACGAGAGAGCAACACCAAUAAACCGCUUGUACACCACAUGACUCUCUUCGAAUGUUCGACAAAAUCAUAUCCAGGCUCGGAUCCACUCUCUUGGGAGGUGUGGGUGAAGAGUAGCGGCGCGGUGUGCAACAGUAAUUUAUUGACCCCACAUGACUGGGACUCUUGCAUCACGCCAGUGGCAGUCUGGACUAUUGGCUCAACAGGGCAAUUUUUACCGCAUCAUGUCGGAAUACCUGUGGGCGGAAAACAAGGCGCUAAGUACUACAUGCUGGAAAUACAUUACGACAAUCCACAGGCUCAACAAAUGGUAGAUCAUUCCGGCUUUCGCAUACAUUACACCAAUCGGCUGCGACAAAACGAUGCUGGUAUUAUGAUUUCUGGCGUUUCAGUCUCCGACACUCAACUGAUUCCACCCGGCCAGAAGCUUUACCGCAACAUUGGAAUAUGUGGGCCAUCCUGUUCAAGCGUGAUGUUUCCUGCAGACGGCAUCAAAAUCAUAUCCGGCACACUCCACUCUCACCACGCCGGCCGCAAAAUGGCACUACGCCAUGUGCGCGGCGGCAAGGAGUUGGAACGUAUAAUCGAGGACGACAAUUACGAUUAUAACUACCAACAGGUGCGACAACUGGAACACGAAGUCGUCGUACUCCCGGGCGAUUACAUUAUUACUGACUGCGCUUAUGAGACGAUGAACCGCAAACAUCCAACCUUCGGUGGUUACUCAACCAAACAGGAGAUGUGUCUGUCCUUUAUCACUUACUAUCCACGCAUUGACUUGGCCGGCUGCUACAGCAUGACACCAGUGCGAGAGUUUUUCGAGACGUUUGGUGUUUAUCAAUUUUAUUCGCUUAACAUGACAGACGUUGAGAAUUUAUUCCUUUACAAUGGUAAUGUGUUGGACUAUAUACCGAAUACUAUUUAUGCAAAAACGAAGAAGAAUCCUGUUAAUAUGACUGAUGAGGAGCGGCUGUAUGAAGAAUCAUUGCUAAAUAAAUUAAUAAUCUCGGAUCCCGUCGAGUUUCAUGAUCGCACUUUUCUGUCCCACUUAAAGCAGCUACCAUGGUCUGAGCCACUUUUUACGAAGCGCGUUGAACAGACCAUGAUCACUGGAAAGCAUAUGACUUUCUGCAGGGUAUCAAAUGACUCCGUGUCGAUAGUUUCAAAAAUAAAUAAUUUGUUGAUAUUGGGGUUCUAACUCAGCAAACGAGACCAAAACUAGCUGCCGUUUGAUGCCCGGGAUAGCAAAAUAUUAAAUGCCAAUUCUUAAUGAAAAUCCGUGGAGUUUUUCUUUGAAUGUUUUGUAUGUAAUUAAAUAUAAUCAGGAAUUGAUUUAAUAAUUCUAGUUCUAGAGAAGUCAGCAGUAUACUGGUUAUUUAAAAUCAUUUAAAACACGUAGCCUAUGUGACAUAGGACAUAGGAAAACCUCAGCAUCAGCCUUGACAUCUUCACUUUGCAAUUCCAGCGGUCCGAAUUAAAACAGUUUUAAUUAAAACACAAAUUAGGAAAUAUAUCAUUAGUAUAUAAUAUAUCUUAUAAAUGAGAUAAUUUUUUUAAUGAUUUU